AUGGGACGCGAGCACCUGUUCUCCGCGUGGACGGCUGCGCUCUACCUGCUGCUCUUGUGUGCGUCAGGUCUUUGUUACGAGAAGACCCACUCGCACGCCGAGGAUGAGCUCUUCAAGACGCUGUUCGCUGGUUACAACAAGUGGUCGAGACCCGUGCCCAACAUCUCCGACGUCGUCAUCGUCAAGUUCGGACUGUCCAUCGCACAACUCAUUGAUGUGGAUGAGAAGAACCAAAUGAUGACAACCAACGUGUGGCUUAAACAGGAGUGGAAUGACUACAAACUACGCUGGAAACCAUCUGACUAUGACAAUGUGACGUCCAUAAGAGUGCCGUCAGAGCUCAUAUGGGUCCCAGACAUCGUCCUCUACAACAACGCUGACGGAGAGUUUGCCGUGACCCACAUGACGAAAGCUCACCUCUUCCACACGGGUAAAGUCCGCUGGGUCCCGCCGGCCAUUUACAAGAGCUCCUGCAGCAUCGACGUCACCUUCUUCCCCUUCGAUCAACAGAACUGCAAAAUGAAAUUUGGCUCCUGGACGUACGACAAGGCCAAGAUCGACCUGGAGCGCACUGAGAACACAGUGGACCUGAACAACUACUGGGAGAGCGGCGAGUGGGCCAUCAUCAACGCCGUGGGCACGUACAACACCAAGAAAUACGACUGCUGCCACGAGAUCUACCCGGACAUCACCUACUUCUUCAUCAUUCGAAGGCUCCCCUUGUUUUACACCAUCAACCUCAUCAUCCCCUGUCUGCUGAUCUCCUGCCUCACAGUCCUGGUUUUCUACCUGCCCUCCGACUGCGGCGAGAAGAUCACCCUGUGCAUCUCCGUGCUGCUGUCCCUCACCGUCUUCCUCCUCCUCAUCACCGAGAUCAUACCGUCCACGUCGCUCGUCAUCCCGCUCAUCGGCGAGUACCUCCUCUUCACCAUGAUCUUCGUCACCCUCUCCAUCGUCAUCACCGUCUUCGUGCUCAACGUGCACCACCGCUCUCCCAGCACUCACAAGAUGCCCCGCUGGGUCCACUCCGUGUUCCUGAACCUGAUCCCACGCUGGCUGUUCAUGCGGCGGCCCGCGCCAGACGGCCGCCGUCGCAAGCUGCUGCUGAUGCAGCAGGAGGCGGCGCUGGUGCGCCGGCAUGGACGGAUCGCCGGUUACAAACCCGGCAACUGCCUCAGCACCUCGGCGACCUGGUUUGGAGACGGCGCCACGUCGGAGGACCACGACAGGAGCUCUUAUGAGGAUUUGGAGUUGGGAACGCUGACGUCGUAUUUCUCCUUUCGCCCUCCUUCGCCCAGACCUCCAGGGACGACCCCUCCACCACAUCAGAAAAACCCACAGAACAGCCAGAACCAACAGGAGGGGCCCGCGGCGACAAAGAGACUUUUAACAGGGGCCAGAGUCAACCCCACUCAGAGGCCCACGAAAGCUGUUCACACGGUGUCAGACCCAACAUUCCUGCUUUCACCGAGUGUUAUACGCGCGCUGGAAGGCGUGCACUACAUUGCAGACCAUCUGAGGGCUGAGGAUGCCGACUUCAGCGUGAAAGAGGAUUGGAAGUAUGUCGCCAUGGUGAUUGACCGCAUCUUCCUGUGGAUGUUCAUUAUUGUGUGCCUGCUCGGGACCAUCGGCCUCUUCCUUCCCCCGUGGCUAGCUGGCAUGAUCUAG